CAGUCGAGUUGCAGCAACCUCGGUUGCGGGGCGGUAGGCCUUCGAGUUCACUGUUGCUCGGACGUUGUCGAGCCCUGCGGGUCACGAGAGAGCAACAAGUCGGAGGCAACGAAGAAGCCGGACACCGAGGCCGACGUAAAGAGCGGACUGUCGGGCCUGAUGCUUGCCGUGAGGACGGUGAUGAAGACCGGACUGGGCGUCCAGACGGCCCAGACCAAAGUCGACCGAGCCGGCGUCGAGUCGGACUCGGACGAAAUGGCCGGUCUGGUGAGUCUGGCAACUCGAAUGGGCGUGGCUGAUGAAACGUCGGCAUUGCGCACUCCCAGUCGGGGCCCUCGUCACGAUGGCAACCGCCUCGGGCAAAAGGAGGAGGAGGAGGUGGCCGACCGGCCAGAGGCGGUACAGCUCGAGAGGACGGACAGUCAAAUGACCCUUUUGCCGGAGUCCUCGUGGCCCAUCUCGCCGGGACUUGGAGCUGACUCUCCCUAUCUCGUGCGAGAGAAGUGCUUCACAAUGAAGUCAGAUAUUUUUGCUUUUGGGUAA